AUGUACAUGAAGGCACACACUUUAACAAAACGAGGAGAAUCAGGGCAAUCGCAACCAUUUUGGAUAUCAGCUGUUGCUAGCAUUGCCUUACUCGUGGGCGUCAUCGUAGCAGCUAUUUUGAUCCAUCGUUGUAUCAAAGCAAAGAGGCGGCAACGGCACGCUAUGAUGUUGGAUCGAUCCAGCCAAGAAAGCAGCAGCAGUAAUCGCAUUGAUACAAUAGAGCAACUUGAUCCUGCUGGCAGGGUCGUCAUUCAAGGCGAUGAAGAACAAGGUAUCCAAGUCCAUGAUGAUGCUGCACAAGAAAAAACGGCUGCAGUAAUAACCAACAAUAACCCUUCCAUUAUCACCAACACCAAUACAAAACCGUUGACCCAACAAAAAAUGUAUCGUUUAUCACAGCUAUUAUCAUUGUGCAGCCAUAAUAACAGUAUCAGCCAACAACCAAAGACCACUACUACAACAGCAGCAAAGGAAAAAGAAAAUCCAUGCUUGGCAGACCCCCAACAAAUACAAACCCCAUCAUCAUCACCUGCAAGCAACAGGAAUCAUCAUCAUCAACAUCAUCCGCAUGAAAUCCAGAACAAUACUACUGUUACAACUGACCCAAACAAGACCCAACAACCUGAAGCACAACAAGCUGAUCAACAACAUCUUGAUCAUCAUCAUCGUGAUCCUUCACCGCCGCCACCUCCACCACCUCCAUUACCACCACGGAGCAUGAAGAGUACCAAUAAUGAGGGAACGUGGAAAUCCAACAACAACGCGCUUGCAUCACUCGGCCGUAAAUCGGUUGCUUCAGUGCAAUGGGUCGGUUUUCGCGGAUCGAUGGAUCAUCGACCCCAUAAUGACCAGCUCUUUGUUGUAAAUCAAGAUGAUGUAGUAUAA